CCCACAAUAUGAAAAAGUGGCAUUAGGCUUUCACUAAUACGACACAAGCUCUCACAUACUCUUUGUCUCUUCUCACUUGGUAAAAUUCUUCAAAUGCUGCUGCCAACUCACAUGCUCUUCAUUACCACUUCUCAUGUCUUUCUCUUGCAGUACAACUUAGAUGUAUGCAACCAUAUCGAAUGUCGUAACUCUGCCUGCUUAGUAUAUUCUUACUAUAUGGUCUUGAAGCCAUCGGGACCGUCUCUGCUUAUUCUUUUUGAGUGGACAGCAUGGGCUUGAACUCCUAGGAAGGAUCCUAUAUAUCUCACAUCUGGGCUUCAACUGUCGGAGUUAGUUUGGAAUCGUGCAAGUGUGUAACCCUAUGGAGUCGGACUGUGCGAGCAACGAGCCGGAAAUGCAACAAAAAAGGAUUAGGAUUAGUUGGAAGCAAGAAGGUAAGGGGCCAUCUUCUACACUUCCUCAUCCUUCCGAGGAAAUGUCUGACUCCGAAUCAAAUGGUUUUGCGGAUUUCGGAUGCACUCAAAUGGAACCCCCGACUCACAGUGUUAGUGAGGAGUCAUUCGUUCGGUCUAAAAAUAAAAGGGAGAAACGAACAGAUAAGGAAGCAUUAGAUUCAAUGCUAAUAGAGGUUGCAGACAGUAUUAUCAAGAUAACAAAGAUUUUGAUUGAGAAACAUAAUCUUUCUAAUGAUAUGGAUGCAUGCAUGGAGAAGUUGGAGACAAUGGGAUGGGGAGAACUUGAUGUGAAAUAUCAAACGGCGCUUUUGCUUUUUGGUGAAAGUGCUGAUAUUAGGAAAGUGUGGUUACGACUUCGGCCGCAUAGUUGUGAGUUAUGGGUUAAGAAUGCCGGAGCGAAGUAUGGAUUGUUUUGAUUACAUGUGUGAUGGAGAGGAUUUUGUAGAUGUUAUGGAUGUAGUUUUUGAUAAGACUUUGUGGAUGUUAUGUUAUGGAUGUUUUUUUGGAUAGGAUUUAAUGGAUGUUAACUUUUGAUUUUGUCA